AUGUCAACUCUGUCCUAUAAGAAGCAGGAUGCAUAUGCGAGCACUUCAGGGGUGCCGGAUAAAAUGGCUGUUUUUCAAGAGUGUCUUCAGCAAUUCAAUGCUACUCCAGUGAAUGCUAAGAAAUGCAGACAAUUGUUGGCCAAAUUGUUGAGAUUGAUAUACAAUAGCGAAAGCUUCCCAGCCCAGGAGUCUACUACCUUGUUUUUCUCCAUUUCUAAGUUAUUUCAGCACAAGGACCAAUCGUUGAGACAGUUGGUAUACUUGACAAUUAAGGAAUUGUCAUCUACUUCAGAUGAUAUUUUGAUGGUUACAUCGUCAAUAAUGAAGGAUAUUCAAGGAAAUGACGCUGUAUAUAAGCCAAACGCUAUCAGGACAUUGUCCAAGGUCUUGGACCCUACAACAGUCACUGCGGCAGAACGGUUAUUUAAAAAUGCAAUCGUUGACAAAAACCCCAUUGUUUCCUCAGCGGCUUUGAUUUCUUCUUACAACCUAUUGCCGCAUGCUAAAGAUGUGGUAAAGAGAUUCUCAAAUGAGACUUUGGAAACUAUUCAAUCGUAUAAAUCCUUCCCAUCGAAUCAAUUCCAGUUACAUGAGUACUAUGGCAAUUCUACUUCAAACUUACCCUCAACUUCUUACAUGUAUCAAUACCAUGCUUUGGGCUUGAUCUACCAAUUGAAAAAUCACGAUAAAAUGGGCUUGAUGAAGUUGAUAACUUCGUUAUCAGAAGGAUCGUCUCUUAAAAACUCCUUAUCGAUAAUCCAAUUGAUUAGAUACAUCAACAAAAUUCUUGUUGAUGACGAGGCCCUCUAUACCCAUUUAUUCCCAGUCUUGGCUGGGUUCUUGAAACACAAAUCGGACAUGGUGGAAUUGGAAGCUUGUAAGUGUUUGAUCAACUUGCAGAACUUACUAACCGAUGACCAAUACAUGCAAAUUGUUACAACGUUGCAGAAAUUGUUGGGUGUACCUAGGACCGCCACGAGGUUUGCUGCAGUCAGAUUGAUCAACAAGAUUUCCAUGAAACAUCCAGAGAAAAUAUUGGUGAUCAACUUGGAAUUAGAAGGCUUAAUCAACGAUUCAAAUAGGUCAAUUUCAACUUUGGCCAUAACCACUUUAUUACGAACAAUGGGAGCGGGCACAGUUGAAAACGUUUCUACUUCAGGUGGAGAAAGUGUUGAUAGAUUGAUUACUAAAAUGACUUCAUUGAUGGAUGAGAUUACUGAAGAUUUCAAGAUUGUUAUUAUUGAAGCAACUGAAAACCUAGCUUUGAAAUUUCCUUCUAAACAUAAAAAGUUGGUUUCUUUCUUGACUGAUUUGCUAAGAGACGAUGGCUCUUUGGAGUUGAAAACGAGUAUAGUUGAUGCAUUAUUCGACUUGAUAAAAUUUUUACCCAACGAGGGUGCAAAACAAUUGAUUUUAAUGAACUUGUGUGAGUUCAUCGAGGAUUGUGAAUUUACAGAGCUAUCUGUGCGUAUUUUACACUUGUUGGGUGACGAGGGACCAACUACAUCCAAUCCAUCAUACUAUAUUAGACACAUCUUCAAUAGAUUGGUUUUGGAGAAUUCAAUCGUGAGAUCUUCAGCGGUGAUUUCAUUGGCCAAAUUUGCUGCUGUAUGUGGUGGAGAUAUCUCCAAGAAUAUUGUUAUAUUGUUGACCAGGUGUUUAAAUGAUGUUGACGACGAAGUAAGAGAUAGGGCUGCUAUUUCAUUAAGGUUCAUCAACAACAAAAAGAAAAAUUUACUUAUUAAUGAUUUUAGAUACGACUUGGCUGUUUUAGAGAACAAGUUGAUUAAUUAUAUGAGCGAUACUGACAAUUUCAGUAAGAAGUUUGAUAUAUCAGAAGUGCCUGUAAUCACAGCAGAAGAAUUGAAGUCGAUUGAAUACAAGAGGAAAUUGAAUAGUUUGGAACGUGAUACUAGCGAAGCUGCCGGUGCGUCGAGUUCUGCUGACCAAACCCAAAAAGAAGAUGAGAAUAACAAAGAUACCAAUGCUGCUAACCAUUUAUUGAAACAACAAGAAUAUGCACAAGAAUUGUCUGCUAUUCCGGAAUUUGAGUCCUAUGGCAAGUUGACCAAAUCGUCAAUUACUCCGAUAUUCCUUACAGAUAAAGAGAAUGAGAUUGUUGUUAGUGUGGUUAAGCAUUUUUUCCUUGAUUCUCAAAAAUUGGUGUUGCAGUACAACAUCAACAACACUUUACCUCACAUAUUGUUGCAAGACAUAUCAGUGAUUGCUCAGCCCGAUAAUGAAGAAUACCAGGAAGACUUUAUCAUUCCCUUGCAGGAAUUGAAACCUGAUGAAGUUGGAGUCGUUUACGUUUCAUUUAGUACACCCAGUCUAGAUGGUGAUUUGUUAUCUGCUUUUGGUAACACUGUAGCAUAUACAAAUAGAGACUUGGAUGAAGAGGGACAAACAGACCCAUCGGAUGACGGAUGGGCAGAUGAAUACCAAAUUGAUGACUUGGAAUUGUUAGCUGGUGACUUUAUGAAUCCGCUUUACAACUCCAACUUUACUGCCAUAUUUGACCAAUUACCUACAGACUACGAAGAAUCUUCGACUGGGUAUAUUGCCAAUGUCGAUACAUUAGAGAAUGCGGUUACCAAGAUAAAGUCGAAAUUGAACAUGAUGGUAUUGGAUGGUUCCGAGUACGUUUCUAGCGAUUCCAAUUCACAUACGUUGAAAUUGUUGGGUAAGGAUGUUUGGGGAGGAAAAGUGGGAGUUUCUAUAAGAUUGGCGAAAACUGGUGGUAAAGUUGUAGGAAAAAGCAGUGUUAAGUCAGAAACAGAAAACUUUGCAAGUGUCGUUGCAAAUAGUAUAUAUGACGCAUGA